UCCUGUUUUUGCGUAGAAUCUAGUUGUGUUUAUAUCACGUGAUAGGCCUACUGCAUUUAUAUUGAUCUAAAAAUAGACUCUGGCAAUGCUGAAGGUCUACUACUAAAGUUACUUUAAGUUACAGUACUAAAGUAGUCUAUGAAUGGCCUGAGAUUGUCAUAAUUAGUCAUGAGCAGUUAUGUGGAGCUUGACCACUCUCCACAAGAGAAUCAAAGUAAAGACAAAGAAGAAGAGUCAUUAAAAUUAAUUGACAAACCAGAUGUAAAUGAUGAAGUUAGACACCGUGCCCGGUCUGUUAUCAAGAUAAUUUACUCAAGGCAGUUCCUCCAGGCUCUUUUGCUAGGACAGUGUUUGUCUAUUUUGCUGUGUGGAACUGGUGUUUUCUCUGGUCUGCUACAGAAUAGGGGCAUUAACAUUCCUACAGCUCAAAGUUUCCUUAUGUACUGCGCCUUGUGUCUUAUUUUUACAACACAACUUGCAUAUAAACAAGGGGAGAGAAAUCUUGUAAACAUUUUAAAAUCAUUUGAUGGCUUGAAAUAUGCCCUUAUUGGGUUGAUUGAUGUUGAGGCUAAUUACUUGGUUGUGAAAGCAUAUGGGUAUACAUCAGUUACAAGUGUGCAGUUGCUUGAUUGCUUUAGUAUUGGGGUAGUCUUACUACUUUCACGGUUUCUUCUCGGCACCCAUUACCAUCUGAUCCAUUACGCUGGUGUUGCUGUGUCUGUCUUAGGAUUGGCUGGACUAGUCACUGCUGAUGUCAUUACUGGCAAAAACCAAGACAGCGGUUCAAACAUAGUGCUUGGAGAUGUGCUUGUAAUCUCUGGUGCUGUCCUGUAUGGUGUGAGCAAUGUCGCUCAAGAGUUUGUGGUUAAAAACUACAACAAGUCCGAGUUCCUUGGCAUGCUGGGCAUGUUUGGUACACUGGUUUCUGGAAUACAGGUGAUAUUAGUUGAACAAAAAGAACUAGCUAAGGUUAAUUUUUCCUCAUAUGAAAUAGCUCUGCUGUGGUUAGGAUUUUGCAUAUUUUUGUUCCUGAUCUACACAUGUAUGUCCAUUGUGAUAGAGAAAACAAGUGCCACAGUAACAAACAUUUCUGUCCUUACAGCAGACUUCUAUGCUCUUCUCUUUGGCAUUUUUAUUUUCGGAUAUACAUUUCACUUUCUUUAUUUGAUAUCGUUCAUGGUGGUUAUUGUUGGAGUAGCUGUUUACAGUUUUCGAACAACACAACCUUGUCCAAAUCCAAGCUCUGGGUGAAAAACAUCUAGGUUGUAAUAAAAUUGUUUUAAAAAUAUUCUAUUUAUAUGACAAAAAGUCACUUACAGACUUACAGAGAGUGUAUGAUCAAAAGUAAAGUAGUUAAAGCAUUUAUUAUAUAUGUAAUUAUACUUACAUUAUACUGCUGUUAUCUUUAUUUUGAAAUAUUAUAAAUGAUA